AUGGACCAUAAAAAACGACUGGUCUGUUAUUGCGAAGACGUUUUGCAUUUCUUGGAAUUCUGCAAGGCGGGAGAGGCAUCACUUCAGGCGAUGAACUUCUGGGGCAGAGUUGCGGUGAUCGACUUUAUUGUAGGUCUUCGGGAUCAGGCUAAUGACGUUAUGUUCAGAAAAAUCAGUUAUGUGUUGUUUGACCCGGAAGGCGGCGGUAGAAUGAGGUGA